UCAGAAUAGUUCCAGAUGUGGCCAUGUUUAGUUAAUCUUUGAAGUUUCGCUUAUCAAUUGAUAUUUACACAAUAUUUAUAACAUCUUCUAUAUCCUGACAAAUUGAACAUUUUUCGCUAUUUGCAAAAAAUAAUUCACUAUAAUUGACUGCAGCAAAAAGACACGAAAACAAAUAAUAAACGUACACAGGGACUCUGAAAAAAUUAACGAGAACAGCAAAAAUACUUCAGAAAUACACACGUACGCGAGCUCAAGCCACGCUAAGCCAAGCCAAGCCCCGAGAAUACGAUCCGCUACGCACUAUCUCUUCGCCAUGUUUUCUUAAAUUUAUUAACCACGAGAAUUGCGAUACUUGUAUCGGUCGAACAAAAAUAAGGAGAACACAACAUAUACCUACAAAUAAAUCUGACCGCGGCAGCUCUGACAGGUUUCACUAAAAAUGUUCAGUAGAAAACUCGGUACACGGUCACGUAUAUGAUUAUAUCUGAGCUUUUCACUGGGAGCCUUUUUAUCGCGUUUCUGUACUUGGCCUGGUUCGUACAUCGUAUUCGCAUUUGCCACGGUGCCACGUCAGCUAGAAUGACGCUGGCUGGCUUAUUAGAGCUGCGAGACGCAAUUUCUGAAAAUACAGUGAACAAUUUAUUUCAUCCAAAGUGAAAAUACUUAAGAUUUUGGACCAUCAUUGCCUCAAAUAUAAUUCAAAUAUCAAAAUUAUCAAUUGAGUUGGAAAAAUCAAGGAAAAUAUUAAUAAUAAAUCAAACGAACGCACAAACCAUUAAUUGCAUUCGUUAUUUUUGGCUAUCGGGAUAUUUGAUAACGAAACAGUCAAGGAUAUUGCAGCGAAAAAACAACACAUUUGCCCCUAAAUGGUAGAAUUUAGGCGCGCAACGUACAAAAAUCAAUCACCGUUCAUCGAUUAGUGCAGUCAGUAUAUUGAUUUCAUCCAACAAAAUCAAUAAGCAAACAAUGGCACUAGAGAGUGUUUCCGCGGCCGAGACCCAAAUCGAAAGCAACAAUGAUGAAGAUUUGGAAGACGGAGAGAUUCCGUCUGAUGAGGAUGACGAGCCGAUUCCACCUCCGGUUAUACCUAAGCCUGGUAUUGAACAACCUAAGCCUGUUGCAAAGCAGGAGCCUCCCAAGAAUAAGAUUUUUGAUGCCAAGUUUAACAAAAACAAAAAGCCACUUGUGCAAGCAGGAAGUAAACUUGAUAGAUUCAAUAAGUAUAAAAAUCCAUCUGAGGAUUGGGCAGGUGAUGUUGAGAAAGCAAUACGAGCUGCAUUAGAAGAAGAUAAAGCUAAGAGUCAAGAUAAUAAAAAUAAAAAUAAGAAUAAUCGUAAUAAAGGCAGCAGGAAAAGGAGUCGUGAAGACAGGGAGGAAGACCGUAGUAAAGAACAAAAGAGGAGGAAACCAAGUGAUGAAGAAGAUGGUAAUGAAGAUGACGACGAGAUGCUGUUUGUCAGAGGUGCUUCACCAAUCAGAAAAGACUCCCGGGAACACAAUUCUCCUGCAAGACGUCUAAACAAUGACUAUGAGAGUUACGAGAGUGGAUCCGAUUACGAAGAGCGUCCUGGAUUCAAUCGACAUCGAGACAAUGAAAAUAAGCGUGGUGGGCGAGGAGGUCGCAGGGGUGGGAAAAAUGAUAGAGGAGGUAAAAAUAAAGGGCGAGGUCACAUGCGGAAUGAUCGAAACAACCGUAGAAAUCAGAACAACGAUCAUAUCCAAGACCCGGACUCUGUUUGUGUCUACUUUAUGCAAGGAAAAUGUCAUCGCGGAGAUGACUGUCCAUUUUCUCAUAAUGCUCUUCCUCCACGCAAAAUGGAACUCUGUAAAUUCUACCUUAUGGAUUGUUGUGCUAAGAGAGACAAAUGCCUCUAUAUGCAUCAUGAUUUUCCAUGUAAAUUUUUCCACACUGGAUUAAAGUGCACAAAUGGAGAAAAUUGUAAAUUUUCUCACAGUCCACUCAAUGAACAGGUCAAAAAUAUUUUACUAAAGCACUUGGAAACAGCACCGAAGGAGAUUUUGGGGGACUUUCCAAGGCUUACUAGGGAAGGAGCGUUGAUGAUGAUCAAUAAUACUGCCAAGGCUCAAGGACAAGUGAAUCAGAAUCUUGCAAACCAGAAAAUCCCCAGUCUCUUUGAACUGAAUGUCCAAGUACCGAAUAGCACUCACGGUGGAGAAAGAAAAGACGACGAAGCUGAGAAUACUGGUACCCAGCCAAAGAGUGGAGUAAAAGAAAGAAAAUCACCAGGAAAGAAAACUAGAUGGGGAUCUGAUGAGGAUCGCGUGCCGUAUGAACAAAUUAUGCUGCUUCAGUCAGCAAACCAACUUGGCCUCCAAUUACCCAACGCUGCCCUGGGCUUGGCUGUUCAACAACAGCUCCAACAUCAGCUAUUAUUGCAGCAGCGAAUUGCCAGCAUGGGAUUUUACAAUGAAUCGACUGGCGAUGACAUUGAAAAAGAGCAGGAUGCUAAAGAAAAAGAAGAUUUUACGAAAGAUGUUGAGGAGGAUGAAAUUGCUGCUCAGGCAAAAAAAGUAGAACAUGAGGCAAAGUUUGAAGCCCCAAAAGAUGUGGACCUUAGGCAACUUUUAUUGCCGCCUGCAAAGCUGUCUACUGUGAGCAUAGCCGACGAAGCAGCGAACCUAACUACAAAAAUUGAUGAAGAAAGUGACAAGGAUGAAGAAACUCAGCUGGUUAUAGAAAUUCCUGUCGAAGACGAAGAAAAUAGAGAUAGAAGUGGUGAAAAAUUGAAACAAGAAGAGCAGCAAAUGUCCGCCCAAUCUUCAAGUUUAUCUUUGGCAUCAGGUGUGUCCAACGAGGAUGGUGAAAUUCCGUCACACUUACCAAAACGAGCGCAAGAACUAUUUCUAAGAAUUCAACAGCUGCAACGAGCUGCUCAAGAUAGUUUCAAAAACAUGGACGAUGAAUACAUCAAAGAUAAUUUGGAGAAUCAACAAGGUGAUUGGUACUCUGAUGAUGAAGACGACGACGACGAUGAUGGAGGUAACUUGACAAUCGUUCUGAAAGAUACACAAAAAGAUGACAACGAAGUUGACACUGAUGGCAAGUCAAGUGGGCAAAAAGAUACAUCAUCCUCCACCAUAGUUGAAACUUCAACUGUACCUCAACCUGCGGCUAUUGUAGAUAAACUUGGAGACUUGAGCAAAAUUGAUAUCAGUGCUGAAGUUUCAAAACUACUGUCAACCAUCAAAGCUCACAGCUCAACGACGAAUAGCAAAGAUAAGAAGAGUCUAUCAAAGACAGAACAGUCCAUUGAAAAUGUGACAAAAUCUGAUUUGGAGCUUGUUGACAGACCUAUGGCACCGAAAAAAGUCAAGAUUGAGUAUCCUACCGAGUAUAACCAUCAGGGAAAAAGUAGAAUCGACAUGUACACUGGCGUUUCACCCACGUUCGACCAAGUUUCAGAAACGUCAAGCACGACUGUCCGUUCGAAAACGAUAACAAAAGACGGAAUUCCAAGCCCCAACUCGUCACCUAAUAUGACUGUGAAUAAUUCUUCCACUAGCAUUUCCAGGGAUCCAAGAAUGUCUAGGGACCCACGCCAACGACGAGAAGAUCACAAGCUACACAGUCCGCCGCCAACGGCGAGGUCAGACCUGAAAAAAGAAUCAAAACCCUUGAGGAUAGAGAAUAGUAUCUACAGUUCAGGGAUAACAAGCAUGGAUACUCACUUGGAUACAGAUUUAAGAGCUAAAAGUGAUCAGGAUCACAGAAGGAAAGAUAUGGACUUGAGACAACGAUACACUUCCGACUUUGGGGACACAGAUUUGAGAAUAGUAACAGCGACUUCAACAAGAUCAGACAUUGAUCUGAGACAAAUGCUCAGUCUCCCCUUUAAACCUGCACCAUCACAUGUUCCCUGUACAGAAAUAGAUGCAAGUAUAUCUUCGCAUCCUCCCAUGCCAUUCAAAGUAUACGUAGUAGAUAUACCAAUACCUUACUAUACAGGUCUGAAAUUGACUCGAAACGAUCCGCAAGUAAAAAAUGACCCUAGACUGCGAAAAAUAUUCCGUAUCACUGACGCAGACCUUGCAGAUUCGCCGAUGUCCCCGCCACCUGUUAAACCAGACACACCGAAGUCCCCGCCACAAAUUCGGGCAGAUCCACGUAGAAAAGCCUUAGAAAAUGCAACUUUACCACCUUCUGGCAGUGCUAUACCUUCCAUGUCCGCAAAUUCUCAGCAACCACCUAUAGACAAUGUGAAGGCGAUUAAUUCUCAAAGUAUGCCCAUCACCUUGGGCGGUAAUGCACCUAUGAUGGGAAAUAUGGGACCAAUGAAUAUGAUUGGAAAUAUUGGAGCGAACGGACCAAUGAUGGGAAAUAUGCCAAACAUGGGACAAAUGCCGGCUAUAACCAAUGUACCGCCGAUGGGAAACAUGGGGCCAAAUGGCUCACAUAUGGGGCCAAAUGGCUCACAUAUGGGGCCUGCUAAUCAGAUGAAUUUUGAUCCCCGAUUUAACCCACAGCGUAACAGCGGGGCUGGUUUAUUGGGCCCUGCACCUACUAUGGGGGGAUUCGGACAUGACGGGCCAAAUUACGAUGCGCCAAAUUACGAGGGACAGAACUUUCCACCUAGUAAUUUCAACACCUUCGGACCUAAUGACAAUAUUAUGGGCUUUGGUCCCAAUGGACCUCCACCUCCAAACUUUGGGGGUAAUGGAGGAGACUGGAAUGCAGGCAAUCAAAAUCAGAAUAAUCGGCGAGGGUCGGGUCGGAUUCGCAGACGAAAUCGUAACAGAAGUAACAAUAACAGUAGUAAUAGAAGAUCUCCGCCGUGAAUUGUAGAAUUUUAUGCAACAGUGAGACUUGUAGCAUCACAUGUUAAAAGUGGUUAAUAAUAAUGCCAACAUGACAAGUAAUAGAUGAGGCAGGUAAAAUGAGCAUGAUGUCACCCAAUUGUGUAAAUGGCUCUUGCUCAUAUAAGUUUGCAACGAGAUACUUCAUCACAUUACAUUUGAUAGACGACCAAGUAAUCAUUGGGUACUGAGUAUCCAGAAAUCAAUAUUAAAGCUGGUACGGAUCUUACAACAUCAGUCAAAAGAUUGCGUAUCAAGUGUUAAAAUAAUUGAUGAGAUUGUGCAUAAUUUGUAUUCCGUUUUAAAGUUGUGUACUUUAACUAUAUUUCAUUUACCCAGAAGUUAUUCGACAUUAUAUUUAUCGAUUGCAAUAACUGCAUUAAAAAUAACCAGUACAGAAUUUUUCAUUAGUGUUACUUCUUAUUUUGUAUUUGAAGAUGUGUAACUCAACAAAUUACUAUAAUUCAUUAUGGAGGAAAAUUAUUUUCAAGUGGCCCACUCAAGUCGACAUAUUGUUUUUCCGUAAAAUGCAGAUCUAUUCAAUACAAUCCUAAAACACAUA